UAAUCUCUCUCUCUCUCUCUCUCUCUGUAUGCUUGUGCGGUGUAGAUGGCCAUUGUUGGUUUGCUUCAUCUGGCUUUCUCCCCCUUCCUAAUGGCGAGAAGGAGUUGAUAGGCGAAGAAAAAGACGACCCAUCACUGAGUCUUGGGAGUAAAACACAGGAGAUAUGAAGGCAGAUGCAGGAGGUUCGGGUUCGGGUCUGCGAGAAGCAGCCGACUUGCGACAGAGCACCGAUACCGCCACCGCCACCGCCACCAUGGCCGUUGUUCGGCGUUCGCCACCUCAUCCAGCCGAAGCCGCCCCGAACAACAACACCGAUCAAGACAUCGAGAAAUUGAGGAAUUCAGCUGAUAGGCAAGAUUCUGUUCCGAUGGGGGAGCUCAAUGGUGCGGCUUAUGUGACCAUCCAUGAAGUGCCUUCUUCCCCUAGGGCUGAUAACUUUGGAAAAGUAUCGGUGCUUCCUCUUGUUUUCCUCAUCUUUUAUGAGGUGUCCGGUGGCCCGUUCGGGGUCGAGGAUAGCGUCGGGGCUGCUGGUCCUCUCUUAGCCCUUCUGGGAUUCUUGGUCUUUCCCUUCAUAUGGAGUGUCCCCGAGGCAUUGAUCACCGCUGAAAUGGGCACCAUGUUCCCUGAGAAUGGCGGUUACGUGGUAUGGGUUUCGUCUGCGCUCGGUCCCUUCUGGGGAUUUCAGCAGGGCUGGAUGAAGUGGCUCAGUGGGGUCAUAGAUAACGCCUUGUACCCAGUGCUCUUCCUUGACUAUUUAAAAUCAGGGAUCCCUGCUUUGGAUGGCGGGUGGCCUCGGGUAGUUGCGGUAUUGGCUUUGACGUUGCUUCUUACGUACAUAAAUUAUAGGGGUCUGACCAUUGUCGGAUGGGCUGCGGUUGCACUAGGGGUUUUCUCGAUUCUCCCCUUUGUGGUUAUGGGGUUUGUGUCGAUACCCAAGUUGGAGCCGUCUAGAUGGUUGGUGGUCAAUCUGCACAAUGUGGACUGGAAUUUGUACUUGAACACUCUGUUUUGGAAUCUAAACUACUGGGAUUCGAUAAGCACCCUGGCUGGAGAGGUGGACAACCCGAAGAAAACUCUUCCAAGGGCUCUCUUCUAUGCUCUGAUCUUGGUUGUUCUCGGAUACUUUUUCCCACUUUUAAUUGGCACUGGUGCUGUUCCACUUGACCGUGAGCUUUGGACGGACGGUUACUUCUCCGAUAUUGCCAAAAUCAUCGGAGGUGUUUGGUUGAGGUGGUGGGUCCAAGCAGCUGCGGCUAUGUCGAAUAUGGGAAUGUUUGUCGCUGAGAUGAGCAGCGACUCUUUCCAGCUCCUGGGCAUGGCUGAGCGGGGCAUGCUGCCCGAUUUUUUUGCCAAGAGGUCCAAAUAUGGAACCCCUCUGACUGGAAUUCUGUUCUCGGCUUCUGGUGUGAUUCUGCUUUCAUGGCUGAGUUUCCAAGAGAUUGUUGCUGCAGAGAACUUCUUGUACUGUUUCGGAAUGAUCUUGGAGUUCCUAGCAUUUGUGAAGUUGAGGAUCAAGCAUCCUAAUGCGUCUAGGCCUUACAAGAUACCGGUCGGGACAAUUGGAGCAAUCGCUAUGUGCAUACCUCCAACUAUACUAAUAGGUGUCGUUCUUGCUCUUUCUACCCUCAAGGUCGCGAUUGUGAGCCUCGUGGCUGUGGUAAUCGGUUUCAUAAUGCAACCAGGUCUUAAGUACGUCAAGAGGAAGAGGUGGCUGAAAUUCUCAGUCAGUUCCAAUCUCCGAGAUCUCGAUGAUGACAUUAGUCAGGAGAGCAAUGUUUCGUUGGUGGAUUAGAUCAUUGGUCAUCACAUCCGGAAGUCCAACAAGGCUGUUUCAUCGGUUUGAUGCAAAGACACCGUGACCAAAUUGCUCCUCUUGCGAGUUCUUGCGUUUCGAGAAAAUAUCGAAGGAGAGCAAACAUGCUCGAAAGCUCUUUUAUCUCAGAAACCGGCUUUGCAUUGCAAAGCUCUGCCAGAUGUGGCAGAAUCUAUUUUAUCGCUUGAGUUUUAGAGUGAUGAUAGAUGGGAAAAAAUUGGUUGGAAAAAGAAGAAUAGGCUAGAAUCGUUUAAUUUGAAUUUGUAGUCUUGUAGCUUAAGCAUCCCAUCUCGAUGCAGUAUCAGAAAUUUUUUUAAGAAUCAUUGUUGCAGUUUUAUGAAUAUCUUGUGGAGAUCAUUAUGGCAGUAUUAGUUCAGCUUA